AUGGAAAGCAGGAAGGAGAUGGUGAUGUUUCUGGAAGGGACGCAACUUGGCGCUCUGGUUGGCAAGAGGAUGCCUAAUUUGGCCGAAACGGUGAGGAGCCCCGCUCCGGAGCCGCAGGAGAAGAUGAUCCCUCGGAACUGCCUCAGCCCCAGACCUGGCCCCUUGUCGUCCCGGGAGAGAGGAGGAGGAGGAGGAGGUGGCGGCGGAGAAGACGAAAAGGAGGUGGAGGUGCUGCCGGGGACAGGGACGGUGCCGGAGAGCCGCUCGGCGGCGGCAGCGCUGCUCGGGGCCGGACAGCAACCCCCCGGCACGGAGCCCCCCUCUAGCAAAGGGCAGCAGAGCAGCUCGGACACCGAGUCGGAUUUCUAUGAGGAAAUCGAGGUGAGCUGCACCCCGGACUGCGCCACGGGGAGCGCCGAGUACCAGCACAGCAAAGGCCAGUGCUCCGAGACUCGGGCCGGCAGCCCCGGCGGCGGCGGGGAUCACCCCAAGGGCGGCGGCGGCGGCGGCGGCUCCCAGGGCCCGCUGAGCUGCAGCGCCAGCGACCAGAUGCGCCGGUACCGCACCGCCUUCACCCGCGAGCAGAUCGCCCGGUUGGAGAAGGAGUUUUACCGGGAGAACUACGUGUCCAGGCCCCGGAGAUGUGAGCUGGCGGCUGCUCUAAAUCUGCCAGAAACCACCAUCAAGGUGUGGUUCCAGAACCGGCGGAUGAAGGACAAGCGGCAGCGCCUGGCCAUGACCUGGCCGCACCCGGCGGACCCGGCGUUCUACACCUACAUGAUGAGCCACGCGGCCGCCACCGGCAACCUGCCCUACCCCUUCCCAUCCCACCUGCCCCUGCCCUACUACUCCCACAUGGGCAUCGGGGCCACCUCGGCCUCGGCCGCCGCUCCCUUCAGCACCCCGCUGCGGCCGCUGGACACCUUCCGCGUCCUGUCCCACCCGUACCCGCGACCGGAGCUGCUCUGCGCCUUCAGGCACCCCUCUCUGUACCCCGCCCCGAGCCAUGGACUCGGCAGCGCCGGUGGCAGCCCCUGCUCGUGCCUGGCGUGCCACGGCAGCCCGUCCAACGGGUUGGCACAGAGACCCGCCGGGUCAGACUUUACCUGCUCGGCCACCACCAGGACGGACUCCUUCCUCACUUUCACCCCCUCGGUGCUGAGCAAAGCCACCUCGGUUUCCAUGGACCAGCGGGAAGAAGUACCUUUAACGAGAUAA